CUGGGCCUCCCCAGUGGGACUGAGGUAACCUUUCAAUCUCAGCCAGAGACAGUGACCUGGCCCGCAAGGCCAGGCGGCCCCUUUCCUCACUCCUUUCUGCCCCACAGCCCCUCUGCCGAGCUCCAGUGCUGUGCAGGAUGGAAGCAGAAGGAUCAAGAAUGUACCAUCCCCAUCUGUGAGGGGCUGGAUGCCUGCCGGGAAGAUGAGGUGUGCGUGAAACCAGGCCUCUGCCGAUGCAAACCUGGAUUCUUCGGGGCCCAGUGCAGUUCCCGUUGCCCGGGCCAGUACUGGGGCCCCGACUGCCGUGAGAGCUGCCCUUGCCACCCGUAUGGCCAGUGCGAGCCGGCUACGGGUGUGUGCCAGUGUCAAGCCGACCGCUGGGGCAGCCGCUGCGAGUUCGCGUGCGAUUGUGGCCCCCACGGGCGCUGCGACCCCGCGACGGGCGCGUGCCGCUGCGAGCCGGGCUGGCGGUCGCCCACAUGCCGCCGCCCAUGCCUGUGCAACCAGGCGACAGCACGCUGCGAGCCGACCACGGGCGCCUGCCUGUGCGAGCCGGGCUGGUGGGGCCGCCGCUGCAGCUUACGCUGCUCCUGCCACGGCUCGCCGUGCGCGCAGGAGACCGGCCGCUGCGCCUGCCAGCCGGGCAGGUGGGGUCCCGACUGCGGGCAGCUGUGCGAGUGCGUGCGGGGCCACUGCAGCGCCGCCUCCGGCCAGUGCGCCUGCCCGCCCGGCUUCCGCGGCGCACGCUGUGAGCUGCCCUGCCCGGCCGGCCGCUACGGGAUCCAGUGCAGAGACCGCUGUGGCCACUGCAAGCAGAAUGAACCGUGUUCUCCAGACACAGGCAACUGUGUAUCCUGUGAGCCAGGCUGGAAUGGGACGCAGUGCCACCAGCCCUGCCCACCUGGCACCUUUGGCGAAAGCUGCAAGCAGCAGUGCCCCCACUGCCGGCUGGGGGAGGCCUGUCAGCCAGACACUGGGCACUGUCAACGCUGUGACCCCGGCUGGCUGGGGCCCAGGUGUGAAGACCCCUGCCCCACUGGGACCUUUGGAGAGGGCUGCAGCUUUCCCUGCCCCACAUGUGUUCAGGGGGCCUGUGAUGCUGUGACAGGGGAAUGUGUCUGCAGUGCUGGCUACUGGGGGCCCAGUUGCAACACUUCCUGCCCAUCUGGCUUCCAUGGAAACAACUGCUCAGUGCCCUGCGAAUGCCCAGAAGGACCCUGCCACCCAGUCUCUGGGGUCUGCCAGCUAGGCCCUCACAGUCAGGACUCCGCCCUCAUCGUGGGCAUCCUUGUGCCUCUGCUGCUGCUACUCCUGGGCCUUGCCUGCUGUGCCUGCUGCUGCUGGGCCGCCCAUUCAGACCCCAAGGACAGGCCAGUGAGCAAUGGAGCUGCUGUGUCCAGGAUGAAGCUGCAGGUCUGGGGGGCACUGACCACCCUGGCCUCUGCGCUGCCCUGUUUUUCCCUGAGCACCCACAAGCUACCCUGGGUGACAGUCUCCCAUCACGACCCGGAGAUUCCCUUCAACCACAGCUUCAUCGAGCCGCCCUCUGCUGGCUGGGCCUCUGAUGACUCCUUCUCUUCUGAUCCCGAGUCUGGAGAAGAGGAUGAGGGUCCUGCCUACUGCGUGCCACCCCAAGAAGGUAGCUCCCCAGCAGCCUACUUAGCCCCUGAGCAUCCCUGCCCACCNCCCGAGGAUGCAUCCACACCAUUCGCCAUUCCUCGCACCUCCAGCCUAGCUCGGGCCAAGCGGCCAUCAGUCUCCUUUGCUGAAGGCACCAAGUUUGCACCGCCGAGUCGCCAAAGUUCAAGGGAACUCUCCAGCCCACUUCGAAAGCCCAAGAGGCUUUCCCGGGGAGCCCAGACAGGCCCUGAGGGCCAGGAGGCUGAGGAUUCCACAGGCCCAGAGCAAGCAGAAAUGGAUGAGGCCCCUCCUGCUGCUGCCAGCCCCAAGGAUUCAGCCACUGGUCGGCGGUGGCUUCCUCCCGGUGGUCGGACAGUGGCUGAGCGUGUGGAAGCCAUUGAAGGCAGUGUCCAAGACAGCUCAGGCCCUGUGACUACAAUCUACAUGUUGGCAGGGACACCCCAGGGAUCUGAGGGCCCAGUCCGGUCUGUCCUUCGCCAUUUUGGUAGCUUCCAGAAAGUCCAGGCAGAGCCCAAGGUCAAGAGUGCCAUCCCUAAGCCUCCACGCAGGGCCCUGAGUCGAAAUAAGGGCAGCCCUGGCCUGGCGUCUGGUUCUUCUGGCCAGAGCCUCAACUCAGCCCUAAGUACUGAGCUCUCUGGACCCAUGGAGUCAACAGGAGUUAGACCAGAGGAGGUGGCCAAGGGGCUGGGGGCUGACAUUGAGAGCUCAGGGAGGGCCCAGGAACUGGUCACUGGGGGCAGCCCCCUCAAACAGGAUUCCCAGAAGCAGGCAGAAGAGGAAGAGCAGGAGGAGCCCCAAUAUGAGAAUGUUGUACCCAUCUCUGGGCCACCAGAGCCUCAAGGACCUUGAAUUUGGGGAGUGGGAAGACUAAGAAUGGGACAAGAGGGGAACUAACUGCUGAUGGAUCAGAUUGUGCCUGUGCUGGAAAAUGAUCGCAAGGCCAGAACAGACAUACCAGAGCCUCUGCCCUUCCACAGGGAAAGGGCAAGGGUUGGAGGCCAGCUGGCUCUGGGCCCUGGCAGUGCUCCAGGAGUGGGUCUGGGAGGCCUGGGCAGAGACCCUGCAGGAUGGGGUCAGGAAGGGGGAAGAGAUGGUUACAGGGACUUUUCCUCUGUUGUAUUGGACUCUGUUAGCCCCAGAGGAUUAUUCUUUCUUCCAUUUGCAAAACAUUUUGGGAAACAACCUAAAUGUUUGAUGAUAAAAGAUUGGUUAAACAAA